AUGGGGCAGAAGCGUCAUGCUGAAUUUAGUGCUGGUGAUCACAAUGUCAGUGUUUGGAAGUCUGAGGGUAAGCUGCUCGGGGCCAUCUUACGGAGCAAGAGCCGCAAGAGCAGGCGGUGCAAGAGCCAGCACAGCUGGAGCCGCAAGAGGAGCAAGAGCUGUGUGAAAGAGCCUCGGAAGCUCAAAGACUACGAAGCUCAAAAGAACAACUUGCAAGUCCUUGAGCUCUCGGUUGUAGAGGUCGGGGGAAGCAUGCUGCUCACCAGGGGGCCAUUUUGA